GCUGGACAGUUCUAUAUUAGGAAAUAGUAGGAAUUAAUUGAUCAGCAGCUGCUUGUAAGCAAAAGGAAGGAAUCAAAUCUGAAUAAAGGACAUAAACCAAACCAAAAUAUGAACUGGUUUGAAUCUACGAAGCGGCCCCAAAGGAUUCCCGGCCGCAUUGAGCCGGAGGUGAUGCCAAAAAGGGAUAGCCUGGGGCGAUACACCAACAAACUUCAUUGGUUCAAAUUAAGUGUGCUUGGGAAACUCGCAGAGAAAAGGUACACAGCAGUUUUUUUGGAGCCCAUGAAGAAUCCGAAAUUCUACGAAAAUACCAAGAGCCCGCUGGAUAUCGGAAUAAUUAUAAAGAGAAUCGACAAUCGAUAUUACCAGAACUUGGCGGAGGCUGUGACAGACUUUCGAAUUAUGUUGGAAUCUUACUUACAAUUUUUUGCACCGCCUGACCAGGUGUACAGAAAUGGCAUAAAAAUGGUUAAGUAUUUCGUGAAGUUGAUGAAAAAUCGACCCAAGGGACCGGAGAUCCGUUUGACCAGGCAUCCCCGUCUCGCCAACCUGAGAGCGGAGUACCGCAAGGCCACCAAGAGGGUCGCAGAACCCGAGCAAUGGCAGAGCCUGUGCGGGGCGAAACUGAGCAAUAUUCAAUCCCUCGCCCACAAAUUGGAGAUGCCUUUUGCUGCCACUCUGGUGCUCGAGAAGUGUGACGAUCUAAACAGGAAGCUGUCUGAGGGCCACUUUACGACUUCUCAGCAGUUCAACGAUGAGCUUCAAAGCAGCUUCCACGGUUUCCGCAACUCUGUCUUACGACAUUUCCAAAGCACGGGCCAUCCGGUAUUUUCUGUGAAGCCACGUCUUGAAGAGCCAAUGGACAGCUCUGGGUCCGACUUUAGCUCGGAUAUUUCCUGCGACUGUGGCAGCGAGUCCUGCUGCAACGAGUGCUGCAGCAACGAGUCCUGCAGCUGCAGCUCUACCUGCCCAGACCCUACACUUAGCUCUGACACUGGCGAUGAGUGUCCAGCCGGUAGUGAGAAGUCCUAUAUCUCGAGCAGCAGCUUCAUCUGCCCAUCCAGCAGCAGCUCUUACGUUCAUUCUAGCGACAGCACCUUCCACUGCUCCAGCGACGAGUGCUCAAGCGACUGCUCAGAUUAG